UACAGCUGCAUACUGUAUCCAAGUCGGGGAGUAAUGGCAUGAGUACUGCUUAUACUGUUUAGACAAGCUUUACAGUGCGCGCGUUGGAAACUAUUAUUCGACUAUUUUUUGCUUUCACGUCAGUCACAAAUUACGCCUGCAGGCACCGAGGGGCGAGGCGGAGGACAGUCGGACAAACUUAGUCAAAAGCGACGAAAGUCUCUAAACUCACAGGCUGAAGAGGCUUCAAACGCAAACGAAUCAUCCUUUCUGGCUGUUUCAGAGAAGGAUACGCUGCUGGACAUGUGAAUUUAAAGGAGAUACUUGCCAAGAACAACAAUGAAACCAACGACUGCCCUGUGUUUCUUCGGCUUUCUCCUGACUUGCAUCUUGUUUGGGUCGAGCUCGUCACAAUCAGUAUGUGCUGGCACAGAGAACAAGCUGAGCACACUGUCAGACCUGGAGCAGCAGUACCGCACCCUGAGGAAAUACUACGAGAACUGUGAAGUCGUAAUGGGCAACCUUGAGAUCACAAGCAUCGACGGCAGUCGAGACCUCACCUUCCUCAGAUCUAUUCGAGAAGUGACAGGCUAUGUGUUGGUGGCUCUGAACCAGUUUGACUACCUGCCAUUGGAGAACUUGAGGAUCAUCCGAGGAACCAAGCUGUACGAGGACAGCUACUCCCUCGCAAUCUUCCUCAACUACCGACGUGAUAGAAACUUCGGCCUGCGGCAGUUGGGUCUGAAAAACCUCACAGAGAUCCUGAGUGGAGGUGUGUACAUUGACCGGAACAGGUUCCUGUGUCAUGCAGACACCAUCCAUUGGCAGGACAUUGUCAAAAAUCCACGGACCCAUUCUUUGGUGGUGCCCACCAACAGCAGUGUCAUGUGUCAAAAGUGCCAUCGUACCUGUAAUGGUCGUUGCUGGGGACCCAAAGAGGACCAGUGUCAAAGCUUAACAAAGACAGUGUGUGCAGAGCAGUGUGACGGCCGUUGCUUCGGCCCCUAUGUGACUGACUGCUGCCACCGUGAGUGUGCAGGUGGCUGCUUUGGUCCAAAGGACACAGACUGCUUUGCAUGCACCAACUUCAAUGACAGUGGGGCAUGUGUGACCCAGUGCCCUCAGCCAUUUGUCUACAACCCCACCACCUUCCAACUGGAACAUAACCCUGGGGCAAAGUACACCUAUGGAGCCUUCUGUGUCAAGAAGUGUCCACAUAACUUUGUGGUGGACCAUAGCUCCUGUGUGCGAGCGUGCCCUAGUAACAAGAUGGAGGUGGAGGAGAACCGCAUUAAGAUGUGCAUUCCUUGCACUGACAUCUGUCCAAAAGCAUGUGAUGGCAUUGGGACAGCCAGUCUACAGGCUGCUCAGACGGUGGACUCCAGCAACAUCGACAAGUUUGUCAACUGCACCAAAAUCAACGGCAACCUGGUUUUUCUCAUCACUGGAAUCAAAGGGGAUGUCUAUCUCAACAUUGAAGCUUUGGACCCAGAAAAACUCAAUGUGUUCCGCACCGUUCGGGAGAUCACGGGCUUUCUGAACAUCCAGUCUUGGCCUGACAACAUGACAGACUUGAGUGUGUUCAGCAACCUGGCAACUAUUGGGGGGAGAGCGCUGUACAGUGGGAUCUCCCUGCUGGUGUUAAAGCAACAGGGCAUUUCAUCACUGCAGCUUCAGUCUCUAAGAGAGAUCAGCGCUGGGAACGUCCACAUCGCAGAGAACAGCCAGCUUUGUUACUACGACACUGUCAACUGGACGAGACUGUUCCGCACUGCAAACCAGAAGGUUUUGGUCCGCAACAACCGAAGCCCGCAAGAAUGUUCCAAGGAGCGCAUGGUGUGUGACCCGCUGUGUUCAGAUGCAGGGUGUUGGGGUCCUGGCCCAGACCAGUGCCUCUCCUGCCGAGACUUCAGCCGUGGACGAACCUGUGUGGAUAGGUGCAACCUUUAUGAGGGGGAUAUCCGAGAGUAUGCCAACAGGUCAGUGUGUGUGGAGUGUGAUGCCCAGUGUGAGCGAGCUGACGGUGACUCUUUGACCUGCCACGGUCCGGGCCCAGACCAUUGUGUGAAAUGCCUUCAUUUCAAGGAUGGUCCCAAUUGUGUUGAAAAGUGUCCCGAUGGCCUGCAAGGUGCCAACAGUUUCAUCUUCAAGUACGCCGAGGCCAACAAUGAAUGCCAUCCAUGCCAUGCCAACUGCACUCAGGGGUGUAUUGGACCAAGGCUGCAAGACUGUAUUGGCUGGAUGGACAGAACCCCUCUGAUCGCAGCGGGGGUGAUCGGUGGCCUCUUCAUGGUGGUGAUCAUGGGGCUGAGCGUAGCGGUGUCUGUGCGCCGGAAGAACAUUAAGAAGAAGAGAGCCCUUCGUCGCUUCCUGGAGACAGAGCUGGUGGAGCCUUUAACACCCAGUGGAACAGCACCCAACCAAGCCCAGCUUCGCAUUCUGAAAGAAACAGAACUCAAAAGGGUGAAGAUCCUCGGUUCUGGGGCCUUCGGGACUGUUUACAAGGGUAUUUGGGUCCCAGAGGGUGAAACGGUGAAGAUUCCUGUAGCCAUUAAAAUCCUAAAUGAAGCCACAGGACCCAAGGCUAACGUGGAGUUCAUGGACGAGGCCCUGAUCAUGGCUAGCAUGGAACACCCCCACCUGGUCCGUCUGCUGGGUGUCUGCCUGAGUCCCACCAUCCAGCUGGUCACACAACUGAUGCCUCAUGGGUGCCUGCUUGACUAUGUCCACGAGCACAAGGACAACAUCGGAUCCCAGCUGUUGCUUAAUUGGUGUGUCCAGAUUGCCAAGGGGAUGAUGUAUCUGGAGGAACGCAGGCUGGUCCACAGGGAUCUGGCAGCUCGAAAUGUCCUGGUGAAAUCUCCCAACCAUAUCAAGAUCACUGACUUUGGCCUGGCUCGCCUGCUGGAUGUUAAUGAGAAGGAAUAUAAUGCUGAUGGAGGCAAGAUGCCCAUCAAAUGGAUGGCCCUGGAAUGUAUUCAUUACAGGAAGUUCACUCAUCAGAGUGACGUUUGGAGUUACGGGGUAACCAUCUGGGAGCUGAUGACCUUUGGUGGGAAGCCAUACGAUGGAAUUUCCACCCGAGAUAUCCCAGACCUGCUAGAGAAAGGGGAGCGUCUUCCCCAGCCACCCAUCUGCACCAUUGACGUGUACAUGGUCAUGGUCAAAUGCUGGAUGAUUGAUGCGGACAGCCGGCCUAAGUUCAAGGAGCUGGCUGCAGAGUUCACUCGGAUGGCUCGUGAUCCCCAGAGAUACCUGGUCAUCCAGGGUGACGACCGCAUGAAGCUCCCGAGCCCCAGCGACAGCAAGUUCUUUCAGAGUCUCCUGGAUGAGGAGGAGUUGGAGGAUCUGAUGGACGCUGAGGAGUACCUGGUGCCCCACUCCUUUGAAAUUCCACCACUGGCAUACACUCCACGAACACGCUUGGACUCCAACAAGAACCAAUUUGGCUACCAGGACCCCAGUUUCAGCAUGGAGGACAUGCUCGCCACCCUGCCCAGAGUGGUCUCUGUUCCUCCUGUGACUGGAGGCUGCCUAGUGCCCCAGGACCUGGCCUCAGUGGGGCAGAUUGGUGGUGGAUUUGUCCGUGGCAACCAGGAGGACCCACGCUGUAAUGGUACCCUGAGGAAGCAGGCCUCCCCAAGGUCAAGCGCCCUUGGGGUUGGCUCAGUUCUCACUACUGGACAAGGUGGAGGGGAGGACAGUAGUGGGCAGCGUUACAGUGCCGACCCAACCGGUCUUCUGGCGGAAAGAGGAGCAAAAGGAGAGAAGGACCAGGAUGUAUACAUGACUUCCAUGAGAGAUAAGAACAACUCAGACUAUCUCAACCCUGUAGAGGAAAACCCCUUCGUCACACGUCGUAGGAAUGGUGAAGCCCAUGCAGUGAUUGAUGGAGCAGGUUGCCACACCCUGCACAUGGCUGGUGCUGCUGCUGCCCCCAAGAGCCAGUCCAUCCACGGGAACGAUGAGUAUGUCAAUGAGCCACUGUACCUGAAUACCUUUCUUAACCCUGGGGACAAGAACGGAUUGGCUGGUGCAGUCUCCAUCUCUGGCCCUGGGUCCUCUGCUGCCCAAUCAUUAUCGCAGACAGUCAACCCGUCAACAUCAAGCCACACCGUCUCCUCCUCUGGAUAUGUGAUUCCCCCUGGCCACCUUCCCCACCCAUCAUAUCCAUCACACACCCUGCAUUCGGGGCAUUCAGGACAUGCCCUGCACUCAGGGAUUACCAGCAGCACCAUCGUGUUUGAUAAGAAAGGCAAAAAGGCCACUUUUGACAAUCCUGAAUACUGGCAGCACAGUCUCCCCCCGAAAACCUCACUGCACAACCCUGAGUACCUGCAGGACUGCAGCACACGCUUCUUCUACCGGCAGAAUGGACGCAUUCGCCCUGCUGUGGCUGAAAACCAGGAAUACUUGUCCGAGGCUGCUAUGAAAGCCGGAAAUGUGUUGCCACCCCCUCCAUACAGACAGAGGAACACUGUGGUGUAGUGACCCCACUGUAGCACAGCAAAGGGAUGAAUAGAGGGAUAGGGGUGGAGAUGAAUGGACCUCAAACAGUCCUCUCGUUUCCAUGCAGUAUUUCUCAAACUGGGUUCUCCUUGCACCCUCCCUGAACACUUAUCUCUGUCAUGUCUGAUUGCAAGUCUUUUCUUCUCACUCUAAGGUUCUGCCUUUUUCUUGACAGCACUACAAUAACAGUCACUGACAGCCUCACUUUACACUCAAACCAUCUUUUUUAGCUCCAUCCUUGAACAUGACCCCUAAAGGUUGGUUCUGUCCUAAAGCAAAUUGUCCUGCCAUCAUUAGUGCCAGAAACACACAAAAACACAGAUCUUUAAUAGGAAAAAAGGGAGAAAUAAACUGAGGUUAGCCCAAAGAGAGAAUUAUUGCCAUGACCUUACAUACAUUAUGAUUGCUUUUCUUUAUAUACCCAUAAAUUACUCUUUCCCGUGUGCUUUUAGCAUACUUUUCACCCAACUAGAUGUACACAUUGCAGUAUGCACACAUUGGGUGCAGUCUGUGAAUGACACAUGCACAUGGAGUUGUGUCGUGACUUACCAGCAAACCUGCAGUCAUGCUGAAAAGCCCAGAUGUGGCUUGCAUGUCUGUCCACACGCUUCUUUUACAUGUUGCUACACCAGUAAUGGAAUUCAAAUAUUUAUCACAUACAGCUCAUAUCAUACCUAAACAUGUGAACAUGCCGCCAGCCUUGACACACCAAUAAUAACCAUACAUUAAUUCAUGACUAAAUACACACACAUUGUCAGAUAAGCCUGCUGCCACUUGAAAUAUAUUCUGGAGGAGAAGCUUGAUUGACCUUGAGCUGGAAGACAGAGUGUGUCCAUAAUGGCAGUGUCAGUGCCAAUGACAAUCUCAGUGGUGUAACGCAGAGAAAGGGUCAACACCAAAGUAAAUGUCACCACAGCUUUAUGGAAAGCUGUGAUAUCACCCAGUACCUGGUGGAAAGCAUCUGACGGAUUAUUGGCAUGGAUAGGGUGGGAUUUAAAAGGUUGAUUGCUCAGAAGAUGACUCUUCACUUCCCACAAUGGUAUCCCUCUUGUUCCCCUUUUCACACCAAUGCAGUCCGAAGAGACAGCAAACCAUCCAGUUCAGUAUAUUCAUCAUAAGAUUGCUGUAAGCACCAUGGUGACUGACAUAACUACAGGACAAGGAAUAAUGUUACAGUGGAACUGGUGCUGGGGAAUGGACAACUAUUUAAACAGGGCAACAAGCAUGACUGUUGAGCACAUAUAAACAGAACAUGAGGGAGAAAAUCACAAUCUGGAACAGAGCAUAUAAUAAUCUUUUUUUUCCUUCUGUUUAGACAUUAGAGAUCCGUUUACUUUGUCACCUUGUCUUACACUGGAUUUGACUAAUGAAGGGCAGGAUAAACAGCACAGACAUCCAGCCACGAAACUGAACUGUGGAGAUGGCAAAGAGGCAAACUCUGCAGAUCUGUAAAUAAGCCAAUUACAUGUCAUUACCAGACAGACACAAUCCCAGAAAAAGGCUCUGUGAACUGGGCUGUUUCUGGAAAAGUACAUCAAAAGAUUUUUUUCAUUUUUUUCACCUCUCUGUGUUCAUACUAUUGUAUGUCAUAAAAACAGAAAAUUAACUUUAACCUUGUAGUCCUGACUGCAAGGCCUUGCUAUGUCUCUUAGGGUUAGGGGUGGUUCAGGAAGAGAGACUGUCAAAACUGUCUUAAGAGGCCUCCUCCAUAUUUUUACAAUGGAAAACUACAAGAAAAUGGGACACUUUCUUUUGUAUUGGUGUUUGACAAUAAUGGUGAGACAUAGUGCUGGACAGUAUACCGAUUCAUCCGGUAUACCAGUUUUAAUUUCCCAUACAAUAUGAAUUUUUCAUAUACCGCUAUUCUGGUACACAGCUGAAAUAAUUGCUGUAACUCUUCAAUAGGCCGCAAAGAGCGCUACAGGUGGGGCAAGCUGUGUAGAGUGUGUUGAGAGGGGACCCCUGUUAACUGCGUAACCUUACCACUAACAGUUAAAACUUCAUAACACAAUUAAUAACCCACAACUAACUCUCUUUAACAGGGCAAAACACCAUGGUACACAACAAUUUGUGACACAUAAACAACUUGUAACGCCAAUUGUACAUUUACAAAAUUACACCACCAAACAGCAUGCUGGGUACAGCUCGCUAGCUUGCCAGGUAGCUCCAUUAUUGAGAUUCCGGAGAUUCAGACUGAGAUUUGGCAAAAGAGGCCUCACAUAAAGGGCAAGCUCCUUCAGCCUCCUACUGCUUUAAAAUAAACAUGAUUUUUACAUGAAUCAUUUCAAAUGUUUGUUUGUUAGUCUGAACAAAUGUAACCACCGAAACUAGCCGCCUGUAGCAGCAUUAUGGCUAACUGUACAGGGAACUACACUCGGGGCAGUUUGCACGUCCGUUUGUUUACGUCUGAGGCUGUGGAUAAUAAGCAUCUGUUCAUGCUAGAGAAGUAGUAACUUGGUAGAUGAAAUAAAAUGUCUGCCAGCUUCCAAAUUGCAAGGAUAAAAUGACAAAAUCCACACUAAACAGUUUUCAUGGACUUCUGUUGAAGGAUGAUGAGACUUGCAUACUGUAAUUCUUCACACAAUUAUGUGUUGUAAUCGCAUUUUUCUUACCAUGUGGCGCUGAAUGUUUGAUCCAGCCAGCCUCACUUUUUUCCUCCAGUUGAUUCUGUGGAGGUGAAACAAUCUCCAGGAUGACAAUGUUGAUAAACUGUUCUGCAUCCAUUCUUAGUUUUUCUUCUUUAUUCUGUUUUAUCUCCUCUGUGUACUCAAAUAAAUAUGGUUGACCAUUCAAAGUGAAAUAACUCACAAUCAUCCUCAAAAAAGUCCACAGGAUAAUCCGUCAUUGUGCUUAAUUUUUUUUAGUUUUAUUACAGUCUAACCGCAUUGAAAGUCAGCCAUAUACAUGUAAACAAACCGGCGUGCACGGAUGAAUGUUGGUGGUUUGGUUAUCCAGAA